AAAUCACGGCCUACCACGCGCUGGUUUAGAAGAGAUGUGCCCGUGCCUGCGGUAGAGCUCAGCCGUUGAAUUAAAACUCAAAAACCGUUGGCUGUCUUCUUCAUCGCCAGGAUGGAGAGAGAGAGAGGAUUCAACUUCAAGCUGUUGGUGCCUCCUAGAGUCAACCCAAUCCCAGGACAGGUUUCUACUGUCAAACCACAGGAAAUAGUGGAGGAUGGGGGAUGUUUCAUGCAAACUUUGCAGCAGGGUUAUAAUAAAUGUUUGGACAAAGAGUCAAACAUGCCUUUUCCCUCUAUGAAUACGGUUGUGCCAACAAAACCCACCAGAUCAGAUGUAUUCAAGAUGAAAGUUGUGCCACCAAUGGAAAAUGAAGAAACCAAUUGCAAACCCAGUCAGCUGUAUUCAAAACUGUUUGAAGAAGUUCAGAAAGUAAAAUAUUGGAAAGUCAAAGUGGACUCAGAGGCUGUGCAAAAAGACAGGAAGCUGCAAGAAAACAAAAGAACAAUUGAAACCCAACGUAAAGCCAUUCAAGAAUUGCAGUUCGGAAAUGAAAGCCUCAGCAUAAAACUAGAGGAUCAGAUCAGUGAGAAUGAUGAUCUUCAGAACAAAAACAAUGCAACACGGAACCUAUGUAAUAUACUAAAGGAUACGUUUGAAAGAUCAGCUGAGAAAAUCCAUCUAUUUGAAUCUGAAAGAGAGGAAACCCAUCACUUGUUCAUGGAAAACAGUGAAACUAUUCAGAGGAUGAAUGCUGCCUUUGAAAGUCUACGUAUUCAAGCAGAAACUGACCGCCAUGAAAUGCUGAAAGUCAAAGAGGAUUUGGAAGAAUUUGCCGUUUUAAAGGAGAAGUUUGAGAAAGAAUUCAGUAAGAAAGAAGAAGAGGUUGUGAUACUUCAGAUGAAAAUGAAGGACAAAGAAAAAGAACUUCAGACCAUCCUGCUCAACCUCCAUGAAACACAAGAGAGUUGCAAACGGUUACAACAGGCAGCACAACAACACCAGGAAGCCCUUCAAUGUUCCAAACAAGAACAAGAAUCUUUGUUAGAAAGUCUGCAAAGUGCAGAACAGCUCAAUGAAGAAUGUGAGGAAAGUAGAAAAGCUAUUGCUACAGCAUUAGAGAGCAACAAAGAGGAGAAUGCAAAGGUCAUUGCCAAGAAAGACUCAAGCUUGGAAGAGCUCAACAAAAUAAAAGAUCAACAAGCAGACAAGCUUGUACAGAUUCAGGCCACAGCCCAGGAAUUUCAGACAUCAUUAACAGUUGAGAUACAGAGGGCAAAAGAACUUGAACUGAAGCUUACGGCAGUCACAGAGGAACUUGACAGGAAAAACCUUGAAUUAGGAGAGAUCAAAGAACAGAAAGAAAAGAAAGACAGCCAGCUACAAAUCCUUGAAGAUGAAUUGGAUGUCAAAAAUAAAUCCAUACAGUCACUAGAGGAAACAAUUAAAGUUGUGGAGACCAGAACAUCAGAACUCACCACAGAGCUUGAGGGGAAACAUGCUGAAAUUCACCAAGUUAAGAAUAAAGUGGAAACCAUGUCUGCUGAAAACAUUUUACUGGAAAAGGCUCUUGGAAAUGCUGAAACAAUGCAAAACGACUUGAAAGAAAAAGCCAAUAUGACUGAGAGGAAAAUAAAAGAGAUUGAGGGGCAGUUAUCUGCUGCAAUGAGAAGAGAUGAAAAAUCCAUCAAGGAGAAAGAGAAUCUAAAGACAGACAUUGUACAGCAUGAGGUGAAGUAUAAGGAGCUAUUAGCAAGUUUCAAUCAGCUGCAGCUUGAGAAGAAGACUAUUCUGGAGCAGAUUCAGAAUGAAUCCUCAGAGGCAAACAUUCUGGUAGCACAACUGAAGGAGAGCGAGGCAAAAGAGAUGAAGAUGAAGAAGGAAAUUGAAAGACUCCAAGAGGAAAACCACCAAUUACGAGAGGAAUUGAAAUCCUUAAAUGCCAAAGUUGAAGAGCAAGGCCAAGACACUGAGAAUCUGCAGAAGAAACUUGAAGAAAGGUGUGGAGAUCUGCAGGCUGAGCUCUCAAAGAAAGAUAAACAAAUGAAAGCAGUGGAGUCAAAGCUGUCCAACCUGAAGAUAAAAUUAGAGAGUAAAACUAAAGUCCAGGACGAAUACCAAAAAGAGAACAAAACGUUGAAGAAACAAAUUGCAAUUGAGACAGCAAAAUCCAGUGAACUUGAAAAUGAGAUAAACAAAUUGAAAGAGGAGUCAGAAAAUGUUCAACGAUCAAAUGAAGAGGAAUGUAAAAGUUUGCUUGAUGACCUUGGAACCAAAUCAACAUCUGAGGCAGAGCUUCAGAAAAAGGUGCAAAAGCUACAUCUUGCAGCAACAGAUGCCGUCAAGAGUAAGGAAGAUACUGAAAUCAAAUGUCAGAACAAGAUAGCAGACAUGGUUGCCUUGAUGGAAAAGCACAAGAACCAGUAUGACAAAAUGGUUGACGAGAAAGAUGCAGAGCUUGAUGAGAAGAAGAGGAAAGACAAGGAGGCAACUGCUAAUAGAACAUCACUGGAAUUGGCGCUGUCACAGCAGAAGAUUGAGAAUGACCGUUUGAAGGAACAACUAAAGAAAGAAAUGAACGAGAGGGAAAGCUUACUACAAGAGAUUACAGACCUGAAAAAAGAAAAGAAAAUGAGCAGGCAGCUUGAGACACAGGAUGAACAGCUGCCUGAGCCAAAGUCCAAAGAAGUUAGGUGUUCUGAAACCCCCAAAAUGUCCUCCUCCGCCAAGAUGCCUGUGUUCCGUUUGGCAAAAGACAGUCAGAGAAAGACAAAAACUCUGAAAGCCUCUGUAACCCCAUCCCAAACCUCAGAGAAAAUAGUUGUUGUGACUCCAAACAUUAAUGAAAUGGAAAACGAAGCCCCAAAAACUCCAUCUUGGAGCUCCAUGACUAGAGUUGCAGCAACACCACGAAUGAAGGAAACCGAAGCUCUCAGAACUCCAUCUUGGAGCUCCACCAGUAUAGUUAGUGCAACACCACGGAUAAAGUCUUACAGAAUCAGAACUCCUCCAUCCACUGGGAAGUCUGUGCCCUGGGGGAAAAGCACCCUGGAGCUUGACCCCAAGUCUGACAGCUCGGAACAUAAUGAUUUAUUGAGCAUUGCAGUUGCAACUGAUCCAUUCAAGAGCCGCCUGCAGCCAAGUGUCCCAGCAGCACAGAAUCAAAAAGUGGACAUAUUCAGGAAGAUCCAGAGCCCUGCCAUUCAGAAAUCACCUGGGAGUACUUUAAAGCUCGCUGCAAUGAAAAGGAUGCGGGAUGCUGGUUGGACAUCUGUCACUGGUGCUGAAAAGAAGAAGAAAAAAACAGUUGAAAAGAUCUUUUCAUAAGAAGCAAGUGCUGUGCUUUUCAAGAUAGACUGUUUUCUGUGUGUCUGACAAAUCUGAAAACGGUCUAUGCUAUUUUCAUUACACCACUGCUCUCAAGUUCAUUCAUGUCUAUAGUUGUCUGAUGCUGGGAAAGCUGUUGACCGAAAUAGGAAUUUCAAAUGCAAGUCAAACAAAUUUGAAAUGAACCAAGUAUGUUAUAUUGUUUUGUUGUUACUGUUUAGCAACUUUACUCACAUUAUUCAUGGCAAAAUAUGUCAAAUGCUUGUUUUGCGCAAACUUGCCUCCUUUGAGUCUAUCAGCAUGAAUAAGUUAAUGUUUUUAUGAAAUUGAAUUUAUUUGUUUGUAACAUUAUUAAUUUUGCUUGUGAGGUUUUUAUGAACCUAUACACUAUAUAUACAAAUGUAUGUGGACACCCCUUCAAAUUAGUAGAUUUGGCUACCGCCAAGUGCUGAAGCGCGUAAAAAUUGCCUGUCCUCGUU